CGGCGGGUGUACCGGUGGGCAGCGGCAGCACCGGGCUGAUCUUAGAAUCUCAAGACAUGUAUUUCCUUGGACUGUUGUCCUUGCUUGUUUUGCAAAGCAAAGCCUUCAAGACAAAUUUUCCUGAUGAAACCAUUGCUGAGCUUUCUGUGAAUGUUUACAAUCAGCUGCGAGCUGCAAGAGAAGAUGAGAAUAUUCUUUUUUCUCCUCUGAGCAUCGCAAUAGCCAUGGGAAUGGUAGAGCUUGGAGCCCAUGGAACCACUUUGAAAGAAAUUCGACAUUCCUUGGGUUUUGACAGCUUAAAAAAUGGUGAAGAGUUUACCUUCUUGAAGGACCUUUCUGAUAUGGCAACUACUGAAGAAAGUCAUUAUGUUCUGAAUAUUGCUAACUCUCUCUAUGUGCAGAAUGGAUUUCAUAUCAGUGACAAAUUUUUGCAGUUGGUGAAAAAAUACUUUAAAGCUGAAGUAGAGAAUAUAGAUUUCAGCCAAAGUGCAGCUGUAGCUACCCACAUCAAUAAGUGGGUAGAGAAUCAUACAAAUAAUAUGAUCAAAGAUUUUGUGUCUUCGAGAGAUUUUGGUGCUCUAACUCAUCUGGCUCUUAUCAACGCAAUCUACUUUAAAGGCAAUUGGAAAUCACAGUUCAGACCUGAAAAUACAAGAACUUUUUCUUUCACUAAAGAUGAUGAAAGUGAAGUGCAGAUUCCAAUGAUGUACCAGCAGGGAGAGUUUUACUAUGGAGAGUUCAGUGAUGGCUCCAAUGAGGCAGGCGGUAUCUAUCAAGUUCUGGAAAUACCAUAUGAGGGAGAUGAGAUUAGUAUGAUGAUCGUGCUUUCCAGACAGGAAGUUCCACUGGUCACAUUGGAACCACUGGUCAAAGCCUCGUUGAUUAAUGAAUGGGCUAAUUCUGUAAAGAAGCAAAAAGUGGAAGUGUAUUUACCAAGGUUCACAGUAGAACAGGAAAUUGAUCUGAAAGAUGUCUGGAGAGGUCUUGGAAUUACAGAGCUGUUCAGCAGUAGUGCUGACCUCACUGCGAUGUCUGAUAACAAGGAACUUUACCUUGCAAAGGCAUUUCACAAGGCAUUUCUAGAAGUUAAUGAGGAAGGAUCAGAAGCUGCUGCUGCCUCAGGAAUGAUUGCCAUUAGCAGAAUGGCAGUGCUGUAUCCCCAAGUUAUAGUUGACCAUCCCUUUUUCUUUUUGGUCAGAAACAGAAGAACAGGUACUGUGUUAUUCAUGGGAAGGGUAAUGCACCCUGAAGCAAUGAAUGCAAGUGGCCAUGACUUUGAAGAGCUUUAACUGCCACCAGCUACCAAAAAGAGGAGAUAAGCACAUAAAGUUUGAAGUUAAUAUAUUUAAGGUUUGCUGUGUUUUCCCCCAAGAUACUGUUUAAAAUGCUUCCAGAUCUAACUGUGUUCAAGUCAGUUUCCAGAGGAAAGCUUACAGUAUUAAAGUAAUGGUUCUGUUUCUGUCAUUGUGAUUGCUGUGUCCUUAAAAUAAAAUUGUGUACAUGUCAACAACUGUUUCUUGUUCUAGUGCAUUGUAAAGCAAAAAACUGCAAAUCCAUUAUUCGUAAUUUUUUUACAGUCCAAAGACUGACUUGAUCAAUGAAACAGGAGCGGAAUGUUUGCAGCUCUGAAUAAUGCAAAUGGCAAACCUUGACGAUAAUUUAUAGAGUUCAAGAACUACAUCUGGAAAAUGUGAUCUCUUCCUGUUCCUGUAAAAGUAGUAAAACAGACUGCGAUACGCUGUCUCAUCAAAGUUAAUGGAACAAAUUAAGCCUAGUGGAUUUUAUUCUAUAAGAUAACUGUGGUACACUUUGUAUGAACUCUCCCACAUGUGAUUCUAAAAUGUUGCUUUUAUGAAUGCUCCUGCAUGUGACUGCAAUUCACCUUCCGUAACUGUUGAUGCCAAUAAAAUUUGAUCGCAUGAAUAUUUGAGACUAGUCAGUGUAGAAUAGCUAUGUAUGUGACUGAAGUAAAAUAGUUGAAUAGUAAUGUCAUUCGUGUGGACAUAUUUUUCUCCCCCAAAGUAGUUGUUCUACUUCAACCUAAGCUUUGCAGUAUCUCGCUUCAGGGAUCUAGAAUGAUCUUUCUCAAAGGAAAAAAAAAAACCAAACAAACCCAAACCAACCAAAAAACCAGCCUUAAUUUUAAGUGUUUGAAAAUGUUCUAUUCAUAAAUAACUAUCUAAAGGAAAGGAACACUACGAUCCUUUUUAUUCCCUAACUUUUUAUUGAGAAUAAACUGACAGAGUGGAGAAUGACACAUACCACAAGUAAAUAUUAGCAGGGGAAUUAGUUGCUGUUUCGAUUUGCAAGAGGAGGAGAAGUACCAGUUGUCACCAGAGGGGCAUAUAAUUAUUUCCUCCCUCAUUGUGUAAAAUAUAAAAAGAACAGAAGUUAUUAAAAAGGUAGGAGAGAACAGGAGAAAAGAAGGGAGGAGCUCCUUUGAAACAGAUCAUAAAUACAAACUUUUGGAUAAGUGGGUUUCUUCUCAGUCAAUAGGAGUUUUCUCUUUUGAAUUCUAUGGCAACAAAUGCGUAUUGGCUGAACUUUAGUUAUAGGCUUCUCUGGCGUACAUUCACUUCAGAACAGCAUAGAUGUUGCUCACAAAGUUAUUCAUGCAAGGAGAACUUCCAAAAUUUGACACAUUGUUCACUUUUUUUAAUAUUGCUAGUGCAAAUCAUGCAGGUCAAACUGCGAAGUGAUGGAUGUUCUCUGUGGAGGCUGGUUAUGCUCCCUCAGAGAAAGGGCAUUUGAACACAUUUCUAGCCCUGCCUCCUUGAAUUGUUUAGUUGUGUUGCACAGAAGAAAAAUUGAGCUCCUUAGUGUAUUGCUGUUGCUUAUUACCCUUAGUGUAUUAUAGUCUGGACUCGGUGAGACAGUUUUUAUAUUCAAAUUUUGUAAUUUUAGUUCUGUAUAGCUAAAAAUGUUAUUCUUGGGAGGGAAAAAAAGGGAGUGCUUCUAAGAAGGAGCAGGGGCUAAUUUUACCAAGAUAUAGAACUAGUCUCACUGCAGGUAAAACCAGCUCCUUUGACAUGGGGUCACACAACGGCUGGUUCUGCAUGUUUAAAUGAUUCAACGAACAUCACCUAAUGUCUGUAAAAGUGACCCAUAUGCUAAGGAUCUCUUGUGGUUUUAACCUUAUGGGAGCCUGAUUUUUAAGCUCUUACAUUUUUUCAGGCUAAUUUGAGGUGUUCACUCUGAUUUGGAAAGACAUGAGCAAGCAGAUGACAACCCUCAAUCAUGUUUAUUUUCAGUCCAGCGAAAGUUCUUCCUGACCAAUUUCAUGUUUUCUUUGCAUUAGCUCCUUAGAUGCUUCUUACCAAGGGAAGGACUGAAGAUAGAUUUGAACUAAAGCUAUGGAAUUAUGGAAGGACAGCUGCCAGUCAGAAGUAUUUAGAGAGGAUAUCAGGCAAGUGCACAGACUUCCCUAGCAGUUAGACUGAGCAUAGGUAUAAGCGGAAUGACGCACAAUCGCAUAUUCCAAAUCUGAUUCUGAGAAGUGCCUAAACGGGCAUACAGGAAAACCAGCAGAAACAGAAAUGCAAACACUAGUUAUUUCACUUGAUACUCUCCUAGUCCUAGAUGCAAAAUAGCCAUUUCAUGUUUCUUGAAAAUUGAGAAGUAUCUGUUUUCAACAACAUGAAUUGAUUUAUUACCAAAUUCUGCAAAGAAGUUAGUUGUAGACCACAAUGAGAACAGCUCUCAAACAAUACUGUUUUUCAGUAGUGAUAAUAUCUUAAGUAUUGUUACCAAUUUAUUGAGGUAUAUGAAUACUAUUCCGUUGUGGUUUUUAAUCUAGAUUUUGUAUAAUGUUCCUUUCAAAGAUGCUGUUGCUUUUUCGAGACAAAACUAGCAAAAUAAUUUUGUCUUUUUGUUUGGAUUUCUUUUUGGUAAGGGGAAUUUGUCAAUAGUGGCUCAUGUGAGUUUAGGUGUGUAGUCUUAAAAAUAUUAAAAAAUUGUAUUUUAUGUUGGAGGCUAUAUCAGAAAAUAAAUUACUGAAACUUA